AUGCAUGCCCCAGAUGAUUUGGCAUGUCGUCGUUUGCUUGGUUCUGAUUAUCAUCCAAUUAUGAUGAACUGGAGCAUGAAUACUGAUUGUUGCACGUGGGAUGGUAUCACAUGCAACCACUUCACUGGUGAUGUUAUUGGUAUAGACCUCAGUUGUGGGAUGCUACAAGGUAUCAUCCACCCUAACACCUCCCUCUUUAAUCUUCCUCAUCUCCAGAAACUAAACCUUGCUUACAAUGAUUUCACUUCCUCCCAAUUUCCACCUGAAAUUGGUAGGUUUUCCAAUAGUCUCACACAUCUAAACAUCUCUUCAUGUGGGCUUGUCGGCGAUAUUCCUGAGGAAAUCUUGUUCCUUCCUAAAUUGGUUUCUCUUGAUCUCUCUUCAAACAAUGGAUUGAAAAUGAAUCCGUAUGUUUUAAGGAAUCUGUUGCGAAAUUCCACUCAUUUGAGAGAGGUUGUCAUGGCUCAUGUUGAUAUAGGUUGGGUUUUACCCACUUCUCUUAAUAUCUCUUCUUCUCUAAAAUCACUAGAUCUUAGUUGGACUGGUUUGCAAGGGAAAUUACCUGAUAACAUCUUCAAUCUUCCAUAUUUGGAAAAACUUGACUUGGCAAACAAUUGGUACCUUACUGGUCCAUUGCCCAAUGUUAACAAGAGCAUUAACAUCCCUCUAAAGUAUUUGGGUCUCUCAUCCACCAAUUUAUCAGGAGAUACAUUAGACUCAAUCGGACAUCUCACGUCCUUGAAAUAUUUAGAUCUUUCUUCUUGUAGUUUGCUGGGGGCGUUUCCCAAAUCCUUAUUUAACCUUACACAUCUUACCACUCUUAAUGUAGAAGGUAACAUGCUUAAUGGAACGUUGCCUUCUUCGUUGUUUACUCUUCCCUUAAUAGAAGACGUUGUUCUUGGUUUUAACUUGUUUAGUGGAGGCUUACCAUCAGAGUUGUUCAAGUGUCGGUCAUUAAAACAGUUAAUCCUUCGAGCGAACCAAUUAGAUGGCGAGAUUAAUCAAGCCUCCACUCCUUUGUUAUUCAUCCAACUCAUCUACCUCAGUCUCCUUGACCUUCAAUCGAAUAAUUUCAGAGGUGUAUGGAAUUUCGAAACCUUGUUAUCAAGCCUACCAAACCUUACAGGACUCGAUCUCUCCUAUAGUGGCUUAACUAUUCACAGCGACGAUUCCCCUACCUAUGUCAACCCUAAUUUCUGGUUUUUAAAUUUGGCAUCUUGCAACCUAAAUGUGUUUCCAGAGUCCUUACGAGCUAUGAAAAAUCUUCAAUAUUUAUUAUUAUAUGGCAACAACAUACGGGGUGACAUACCUGAUUGGGUAGGGGAGAUAGGAGGAAAUCGGUUGAUUGCUGUGGAUCUCUCAAAUAACUCUAUUACAAGCUUGCCACAGUUUGAAUGGGGUGGAGUAACUCAAAUGUCCAUCAAAUCCAACAAGAUUCAAGGACCAUUCCCUCCAUCAAUUUGCAACAUGAGAAAUCUAGAAUAUCUUGAUAUGUCCAAUAAUAGAUUUGAUGGAGUGAUUCCACAAUGCUUUGGAAAUAUGAGCUCUCUUGGGAUGAUACAUUUGGGGACCAAUCUUUUUAAUGGAACCAUUCCAAAUGUGUGCGCAUAUAAUCCACAAUUAAAGUGGCUUAUUUUGAAUGGAAAUCAGUUUGAUGGAGAGGUUCCCAUUUUUUUAUCCAAAUGUAGAGAUUUGGAAAUACUUGAUUUGGGAAACAACCGGUUGUAUGGCACAUUUCCUGGCUGGUUAGGAGACCUUCCAGGGCUGCAGGUUCUUGUUCUUAAAUCAAACAAUUUUCAUGGUCCGAUUCAAACAUCUUCAACAAUUAAACUCCCAUUUUCACUUCUGCGAGUUCUUGACAUAUCUCAUAACCAGUUUGCAGGACAUCUCCCUGAGAAAUAUUUUCAAUAUUUCAAUGCCAUGAAGGAUGCGAUAAGGAUGGGCUCGACACCAGAAUAUUUCGAAUUCAAUGGAAAAUAUUACUCUAUAGUAGUUGGGGUGAAAGGUCAUCAACUUCCAUUUCCACAGCUUUUGGUUGACUACACAAUUCUUGAUCUAUCCAGUAACAAAUUUGAAGGAGAGAUUCCUGACAUCGUUGGCACUCUUAACUCACUUAUAGUGCUCAACUUAUCCCAUAACAACCUCAAUGGUGGAAUCCCACAUACUCUGGGUAGUCUCUUGGAGAUUGAAUCUUUGGAUCUAUCAUGGAACAAACUUACAGGAGAGAUCCCUCAAAGUCUUGCAGACAUCAAUAAUCUUGCAGUGUUAGACCUCUCACAAAAUCAUCUUGUAGGCCGUAUUCCACAAGGAACACAAUUCAACACGUUUGAAGGGAGGUCUUUUGAAGGGAAUUUGGGAUUGUGUGGGUUUCCGUUGAACAAGCAUUGUGAGCAUUCACGUUCCCCACAACUUGAAGUUACUGAUGGUGAUGUAGAUGAAGAUGAGAGUGGGUUUACAUGGAAAGUGGUGAUGUUGGGAUAUGGAUGUGGCACCCUACCUGGAUUUGUUAUAGCAUAUGUGAUGUUGUCAACCAGAAAACCAAAGUGGUUAAAUGCAAUAUUCGAUGCAGCAGAGCAUAUGAUCCAGACAAGGAAAAACAAAAUAAGAAGAAGAUACAUAUUUAUUGGGAAGUAA